AUGACAUCUCUUGAGUACCUUGGCCUUUCAAACAACCGCUUCCAAGUCCCAAUCACGUUUCGAUCAUUAUUCAACCACUCAAAACUCAAGGUCAUUGAAAGCCAAGAAAACGAAUUGGUGUCAGAAUUGAAUUUUCAGACUCUAGCGCCGAGUUUCCAACUAACUGUUAUUUGUUUAUCUCACAGUGCAUCUAGCAAUAUCAAUAGCACUACAGACUUUCCCAACUUCCUCUACUACCAAAAGGACCUUCAAAUAGUUGAGCUUUCUCGAAUUAACUCUGAUGGGAAGUUUCCAAAUUGGUUGUUGGAGAACAAUACAGGAUUAGUAGCACUUAAUCUACCAAAUAAUUCAUUCAGUGGAUUUCUUCAGUUGCCUUUCCAUCCCAGAACACAGCUUCUAGAACUAGAUAUCUCUGACAAUAACUUCCAGGGCCAUAUUCCGAGAAACAUUGGUACAGCUUUUCCAGGUUUAACGUCGUUAACCAUGUCCGGAAAUAGAUUUGGUGGUACAAUUCCCUCUUCAUUUGGUGACAUGUCUUCUCUACAGGUUCUUGACUUGUCCAAUAAUCGACUAUCUGGUGGGAUACCGAAGCACUUGGCCAUGGGUUGCGUCCGCUUAACAAUUUUGACACUGUCACAUAAUAAUUUGCAAGGCCCCAUUUUGCCAACAAAAAAUAACAUGACUGCGUUGGGUUCUUUAUUCCUAGACGACAAUCUCUUCACGGAGAUCUCGGAUACCUUAUCCAACUGUUCUUAUUUGUGGAUUCUGAAUAUAAGUCAGAAUCAUUUGUCAGGGAAACUACCUGGGUGGAUGGGAAAUAUGUCAUACGUGAAUGGGAUUGCAAUGUCCAAUAAUCAUCUGGAAGGUCCAAUUCCAACUGAAUUUUGUAGACUAGAUACUCUUGAGAUUUUUGACCUCUCCGAGAACAAAAUAUCAGGGACCAUACCAUCUUGCUUCAACCCCUCAUAUAUUGAGCAUGUUCAUCUGUUUAAAAAUAGGCUGCAAGGACCAUUGUCACGUGCAUUUUACAAUAGCAGCUCAUUAGUGAUCUUAGAUCUUUCCCUUAACAACUUAACUGGUCAUAUUCCAAAUUGGAUUGGUACCCUUUCUAGUCUGAGCAUUCUUGUCUUGAACAACAAUCAUUUUGAAGGUGAGAUCCCACUCAGUUUAUGCCACUUGUCCCAAUUAAAAAUGAUUGAUCUUUCUUAUAAUGACUUUUCUGGCCACAUUCCUCCUUGUUUGAAUAACAUCACUUUUGAGGGAAAACUGGAAGAAACUUCCAACGUAGCCAUGUCUCUUACGGAGAUAAUAUUCGGUAAAGAAGCAGAAGUAAACUUCACUAAUAAAGGAACGUCACUCUCUUACAAGGGAAUCAAUCUUGAUCUAUUCUCAGCUAUUGAUCUCUCCAGCAACAGAUUGACAGGUCACAUUCCAAAUGAAAUUGGAAACAUAGGCCAAAUCAGAGCGAUGAACUUGUCUCACAAUGGCUUGAGCGGGACGAUACCAACAACGUUUUCAAACCUAUACAAUGUAGAGAACUUAGAUCUCUCCUUCAACAACUUGAGUGGGAAACUCCCUUCAGAGCUUAAUGAGUUGUAUUCUCUGGCCGUGUUCAAUGUAUCAUACAAUAACCUGUCCGACACCAUACCACAAGGUAAAAGAUCUGUUCAAUUUGAUACAUUUGAUAAUAGUAGCUACAUUGGCAAUCCACUUCUUUGUGGACCACCACUUUCAAGACCUUGCAUCGCCAUUGAGCCACCUCCAACAACCCCAACAGUUGUGAAUAGCAAUGAAGUGGAUGAUUGCUUCAUGGACAUGGAAUCAUUUUAUGUGACCUUUGCAGUGUCCUACAUAACCAUGUUAUUAGGGAUUGCAGCUAUUAUCUACAUCAACCCCUACUGGCGGCGAGUCUGGAUUCAUUUGGUUGAGGUGUGCGUUACCUCUUGCUACUAUUUCGUUGUCGAUUAUUUUCCGAAAGAUAUUUUGGCGGAGAAAUAUUUAGACAUGUGUGUUUGA